UCCUUUGUUUAACUCUUUGUAGCCCAACGUCAGAUGAGCAAGCGACUCAUUAUUAGCGGAGCUGGGCAGUGUUAGUGCGAGUCAAUUAGCGCCUGACGGCGGCGGGGAGGCUAAUGGGGCUGCUGGUGCGGUGGCUGCUGGCGGUGAGGAGAAGAGAAGAGGCGGGGUGUAUAUAAUAGGUGGAUGCAGAGGGGACUAGAAGUGGAGGAUUAAUGCCUGGAAGAGAAGACACGCACGGCUCUCGCACUGUUGGGUACAGCCAUUCCUUGCGCUUUCCCAGCGCUUUGCUAUCACCCUCCUUGCCCGCUCCCUGGCCCCUUGCAGCUGGCUGAGCGCUUUCUCUGUGACUGACAGGAGAGGGGGGAGAGCAGAAGGGGCAGCAGUGCGGGGGGAGGAGGAGGAGGAGGAGAGCCUCAUUGGAGCCACUCUACAUCCAGCGCUCACAUCCUAGCGCCUCUUAGCACCAAACUAGCACUCGCUAAGCUCAAAAUGGACGGUACCCCGAACAGCUCCCUUCGAUCUGCCGACAGCCUGCUCAAUAGCACCCUUAGCGGCUUGGGUGACAAUGGCUCUCAGAUUCCAAUGAUAUGUCCGGUUGGCGGCAUGGGCAACUGGAGCAGACUGGAAGGCAACCAGUCAUACUUGUGCAACCAGUCAGAGACUUUCCCGGAGGACAGCGAUUCCAUUAUUAUAGCCAUCAUCAUCACCGCUCUCUACUCCAUGAUCUGUGUGAUGGGACUCUUUGGCAACGUCUUGGUCAUGUAUGUCAUUGUCAGGUACACGAAAAUGAAGACUGCAACCAACAUCUACAUUUUUAAUCUUGCCCUAGCUGAUGCCCUCGCAACGAGCACCCUCCCUUUUCAAAGUGUAAAUUAUUUGAUGGGAACGUGGCCAUUUGGCAAUAUUGUGUGCAAAAUAGUCAUAUCAAUAGAUUAUUAUAACAUGUUUACAAGCAUUUUUACUUUGACCACUAUGAGUGUUGAUCGCUACAUAGCUGUUUGCCAUCCCGUGAAAGCACUAGACUUCAGAACUCCAAGAAAUGCUAAAAUAGUAAAUGUCUGCAACUGGAUACUUUCAUCUGCAAUUGGGCUACCUGUGAUGUUCAUGGCUACUACUAAAUCUGAAAGAGGUUCUACUGACUGUGCGCUUCUCUUUCCACACCCAUCAUGGUAUUGGGACAACCUAUUGAAAAUCUGUGUUUUCAUUUUCGCUUUUAUAAUGCCAGUGCUAAUCAUUACAGUGUGCUACGGAAUGAUGAUUCUGCGACUCAAGAGUGUUCGAAUGCUUUCUGGCUCCAAAGAAAAAGAUAGGAACCUGAGAAGAAUCACCAGGAUGGUCCUUGUGGUGGUGGCAGUGUUUAUUGUCUGCUGGACUCCAAUCCACAUUUAUGUUAUUAUAAAAGCGUUGAUCAAUAUCCCUCCUUCUCUUUUUCAGACUGUCACCUGGCAUGUUUGCAUUGCCUUAGGCUACACAAACAGCUGCUUAAAUCCAGUACUUUAUGCUUUUCUUGAUGAAAACUUUAAGAGGUGCUUCAGAGAAUUUUGCAUUCCUACAUCAUCAACCAUUGAGCAGCAGAACUCCACCCGUAUGCGGCACAAUACACGUGACCGUGCCUCCACUGCCAAUACGGUGGACAGGACUAAUCAUCAGGUAUGACUAGCAGUGGAAAUGUCAUCUCUGGAUUCAACAGUUCCUGCAAGAGAUGACAUGAAUUCAGAAGUUACUCAAAUAACUACAGGCCUUUAAUAUGCUUGCUGGCAUUAGAUCAAUGGAGCAUUGUUGUUUUCAAGCUUGAUACUUUCCAGGCACUAAAAAGAAAAAUGGUAUUGUCAUAAGUAGUUGCAAUUCUUGAGAAAAAAAAAAAGACCUGAAACAUGCCCGUGACAUUUCAGAAGGGCAUUAUUGUAGAAAUGUAAAUUAGCAAACUAUAUUUAAAAAAAAGCCAUAUGGCAAUGUACAUUAAUACUGUACAGGUCAUUUUAAACAUAGAUUUAAUGUUUUGGUUUGGGUUAUGUGCUACAACAGUUCCUAACGUGUCUAGAUGCCUGUGUUACAUAGUGAUAAAUAGUUUGUUUAUUAAAGUAUUUAAAAGGGUUGCACAGGCUUGUAUCUUUAACAUGGGUACUGUCCUAGCCUUUUAUCAGUGAUUUUAUAUUCCUUUAAGCACCAUUUGGCGUCAUUUUUUCCCCACAAGUACUCGAGGCCCAUGCCUGGUCUGAUACAGUUCUUACAUAUACAUACCUUAUCAUUGAAAAAGGUAAAAAAGUUUGCUAUUACAUUGCAAGAAAAAAAAAAAA